AUAUGGUUUCUAGCCUUCGUCCGUUUAAGUAAGGCGGCGACGUUCUAGCCAAGUUCAGCGAUCUAACGGCGCAACAUGAAAGAUCGUACAGUAGGUAAAAACGCGAGUUUUUACUUACGUUGUUGUACGAAAUAGUCGAAAGAAUUUGAAUCCCGUUGGCGAUCGAACGGUUGCUCGAAAUUGACUUUGGUCGCGUGAUCGUUCUUUCGUUAGUUACGUUUCUCAUUGUAAUCGGACACGCGCGAGAUAACAGGCGAGAGGUUAGCUACGAAGAAUCUCGAAGAUGAAAGAACACUCGGAAAAGUCAGAUGUAAAUCACGGGAGAUAAAUCCGUCGUAUCGUAGAAAGUACACGCGCGUGGGUAUCUGUUCUCAUACGAUAACGUACGCGCAAUUACGCGAUAGCGCGUGGAUGCGCGCGUGUAUAUCUUAUUUACAAACGACAAAGUCCUUUCUCUCUCGUACAUUCAAAGAAAAAGCAGCUGUUAGAUUAUGAAAUCGUUACGUGGUACGAACGACUGGUGCAGAGUCGCGCAUUAGAACGGAAGGUCCCAUCGGGACGCUCUUCGAGGUACAUAAGAUGAGCCAAGUUGAGUCUAGAAAAACUCCAGGUACUUUCAAACAGGGUUGUCGAUCGAAACCUGACCGUUCGCCAGCGAUCGACCACGAAAGGGCAAUGACCCUCCCUCGAUAUCGUUCGAUUUGUCGUUCAUCCGAGUUCGAAGAACGAGACCGAGAUGGCGAUCCGCGUGUCUAGUAAUGUAGAUUAUGAGCAGGAUAGGAGAGAGAAGAUUCAGGGCAAACCUGACGAUCUUUGAACCUAGUACUGCUUCGAUCGAGAAUCGGAAUCGAGAUCGGUCGCGAACAGAACGGAAUGAUGAUCACGUCGUGUCGACUGUUGACUACUGGGCACACGGAAUGCGAUGGGUUCGGUACGAAAGGACCAAUGAAUAAAAGGAUAAAAUGUCAGCGCGACUCUGUUGCUACCUACAAAAGAGCAAACGCAUCCUAUUAGCGGUUCAAAGAUCGUAUUGUUUGCCCGUGUGCCCUUAAAAGAGCGAAAUCUCAUCCAUCGUAACGACGUUGGCCUUUGAAUCGCGUGGCAAACGGAUGACGAUAAAUCCAGCCGUCUCCGCGUCCCCACACGAUCGAGAGAAAAUAAGCGCAAACCAAUACGUGAGUCUCACGCGCGAGCGCAUAUGUCUUAUGCGAGCAAUUCAUCGAGAACGUGCAACAAUCCAUGUAUCCUAAGAGAUGUACAAUGCAAAUCGUCCCUUCCGUGGGAUUCCUAUAUCACCUCGAAACUAUGCAUUAUCGUCAUUCGAUAACAAAUCUCUCGCAGAAAAACUGUAAAACUUCAUCCACCCUGUCGAAUAGGCGCUUACGUUUCGAAAUACUGUUAGAGGCUCGAUUAAUUUCCAAAGUAACUUGUAUCGCUUUGUAAACGCCGUUUCUUCUCAUCCUUUGAUACCGCUUCGUCCUUGUAUUUACUUAUCUAUUUAUUAUAUUAAGCUAAUCGUCGCUAAGCGAUGAGAAUGUUGACAUUUGGUUGUUUGCAAACCAUAUCGCAAUCAUAAAAGAAAUUGGACAAAAUCUUGAAAUCACGCUCCAUGCUUCUAAGACAGCGUAAUUUUGGAUGAAGUGAAUUUAAAGAAUUAAAUAUCUUAAAAAAGGACCUAAUCUAUAGAAGAACAGUUCGUAAUUAAGAAGUGAGGAGUUUGAUGAGGAAUGAUGAUUGAAAAGGAAGGAGAUUUAGAUUUCUGUGAGAUGAAAUAGAAGUUAUAGAGAAGAGAAAAAUAUGAGAACCAAACUGAGUCUGGUUGAAAGGACGAACGAGCGAACGAGAUUCGUGAUCCCUGUGGUUCCCUGCGACAAUCGACAGUCUCAGAGGGGGAAAAAAGCAUCGUCCUUGCAUAGAGCUAGUGGCGGCUAUAUAAAAGCGGACAGAGCGAAGAUGCACAGACGUUAGUGACUUCUGAAAUCCAGCAAUACCAUCGCGAGUGCCUCGGGGGAUGCCAUUUAAAGUGCCAUCAGUGUGAUUAAUCUAUGGUGAUGAUGACCACCCGGAAAAUUGUGCCUCAAUCGCUGAUUCUCUGGCUAAUGAUUCUCGGUACGUGGCGUUGCACCGGUGAAAAGUUAUCACCCGAUCAGAAGGCGCCUUUGUUUGCUCGUGGUUCUGGCGGACUGGCUUUAAAUACGCCGUUCGAGGAUAAUAAAGCUAGGAAUCGUCCGAAUUCGAACGUAAAUACGCCAGUGGACGACGUACAAAAAGAAGAAACGGAAAUGCUGAAAUUGGUGGACGGUGAGCUAGUGCGAACUGUAAAAGGGAGCUUCUCUUACCAAAGUCCGGAAGGCCUUCCCAUCUCUGUCAAGUAUGAGGCUGACGAAAACGGAAAUAGAGCCAGCUUCAAGUUUGGUACCGGCGACGCAAGUAGUGGCAGUUUGUCCCCGGCUGGUCAUACUUCUGGAUUAGGAGGCCAAAAUGGACGUGGCGGUGGUCAGGAACCAAACGGAUCUAAAGGCUACCCACCAUCGAAAGGCAUCGGCAGAAGUUACCUACCGCCACAAUAGAGAAACAUCACAACUUUUUUCGAUUAAACAUUACCAACAAAUCUUCGAUGCUCCAAUAUUAUCUCAGUAAAACAUUUUCUCAUUACCCUGUAAUAUAAUUUAUAGAAAUUUAUAUUAUUAUUAUAUUAUAUAUUAAUAUUAUAUAUUAUAUUAUAUAUAUUAUACAUUAAUAUUAUAAUUAAUAUAAAAGAUAUAUUUUCGAUCUCUUGUAUAAAAGUUUCGUCUGGUUAUCGUAAUUGCAUGCUUCCCCCAACUUUAUUUGUCUAACUUGUCGAUGAAUGUACCCUUACUAAGGCAGUUUAGUAGUCCCGGUGGUCUCGAUUUACCAUUCGAGUAAUCGCAAAAUAGUUGACAAACUAGUUGAUUCGUUUCCGAACAUAUCAAAUUUUUAUAAACUAAGAAAUAAAAUAUAUUUUUUCACAAA